AUGUCUCAAAAUUCUGGAAACUACGAUCAUUUUGUAAGUGGAAUUUUUGGCUUAAAAUAAAUAUUCGAAAUGUUUAGGAAAACAACGGCCAGCGGAAAAGAUCAAAAAGUCGUCCAAAAGUUGCUGCGAGUUCUUUGGAUAAUCGUCCACCAUGGAAUAAUGGUGAGUGAGGGAAAAAUUUGAAUUCCCCGCCACAAAAUCAUUAGUUUUUCAGACACCUACAUUGAGGGUUAUGAUGACGUGGAUGACAAUGGUAAAUACAAAAAUCGCUCUGGCCCGUUGCCAAAACCCAAAAAGACUGUUGGAAAUCAGGAGGAUUUGACGAAAAAUUGGACAGAAUCGCUUCGCGACAAACACUAA